AUGGUCCCCGCUAUUGGUGGAGAUCAUAAGCACAAGAUCUUCGAGACAGUUGACGACGAGACACUGCUGAUCUCAAAACUACCCAAAGAAGACGCCAUUCUCACAACGGCACCAAAUGUUCCUCCUUCUAUCACAAGAGAUCAUCCUGCUCUUGUCAGGGUUCCCUUGGUGACUACGAAUAAGCUGGCACAGCUGACCAGCCAGUACAAAUACGAGCAGUGGACGUUCAACGGCACUGUCCCUGGCCCUUUCAUUCGAGCCAAAGUUGGAGAUGUUGUGGAGCUGAGUCUCACGAAUAAAGACCCCGCAGGCAACCCUCACAAUAUCGACUGCCACGCAUUCACUGGCCCUGGUGGUGGUGCCGCAGUUACUACCGCUGAAGAGGGCGAAACCAAGAUCGGUCGCUUCAAGCUCCUUUACCCCGGCCUCUACGUCUACCAUUGUGCCGCUGCCCCUGUUCCCGUUCACAUUGCCAACGGCAUGUACGGCCUUAUGUACGUACAGCCAGAAGGCAAUGACCUUCCACCCGUGGAUAAGGAGUAUUAUAUUAUGCAGAGCGAGUUCUAUCAUGAACCACCAGAGGUUGAUGAUGACGGUCGACGAUCUGAAAUUGUCGAGUUCUCAUAA